AUGUCAAACCGACGCCCAACGAACGAUGUGCCCGGUAGCCAGGGAAGCCCGGCACGGGACGAACGAAGGCAGCAAGCCUCGUCAGCGGGUACCCCGAGCCUGGGUGGCUCGAACAGCAGCGGCACAUCUAGCGGCACAUCCAGCGCAAGUCUAGGUCGUGAACCCCACGAAAUAACCCACUAUCGCUCCCUGGUCAACAAGCUGUUGGACUUCAUCGCUACCGGGGAUGAGGAGUCGGUGGCCCGCGUCAUCUCCACGAUUCGCACCGGCGCCUCGCACGACCAGAUACUCGAACAAAUCGCUCAAUAUUCCGCAGACUCUGGCUCUGCGAACGGGAACACUAACGGUGCUCGUCCUGGUCGUUCUUGA